ACUCAAAACCCUUGUUCACUGUCCGGCCGCCCUUUCUCCAACCUAGGUAUCAACGAACUCGCAGUGGGGGCUUGGAAGCCAUGCUUAGGGUAUUCAGAGGUGCAAGGCCUCUCACGGCGGCGGCUAAGUCUCAGGCGAACGCCGCGGCUCCGGGCUCGAGGGAACCUAAGGGGAUAUUGAAGCCGUUGCCUGUGUCGGCGGCUAUGCGGAAGUUCAUCGGACAGCCGGAGAUCUCACGCGCUGAGGCCGUCAAGAAGGUGUGGGACUACAUCAAGCUCCACCAGCUCCAGAACCCAUCAAACAAGAAGGAGAUAAUCUGUGAUGAGAAGCUGAAGAUAAUAUUCGAAGGAAAGGACAAAAUAGGAAUGAUGGAAAUUGCAAAGUUGCUCUCUCCCCACUUCCUGAAAUCCAAAUGAUCCCCCAUAGAAUUUAACUUGGCUAUUUUUAGGCGACUAAACUCUUUGCCUUUUACAUGCAGCAAAGGAAGACCGGCUCUUGAUUUAGAUUAGGCAUAGUUUAAAUUUACAGCCAUUCAAUGCCAAUUUGGUUUUUUUACAUGUUUUGUACAAAUUCUGAUGUGACUUCUUUCUGUAUUUUGCUUGGUUUUGGAAGCACAAACUUCAUGGUUUGAACUUGUUUU